AUGUCUUCCGACGCUGCUACCACCCCUGCCACCGACAACACUGUCAACGGCACCCCCGAGACCAGCCCUGCUGCUGCUGCCCCCAGCGAAGCCUCCGAGGUCACCGCUGUUGAGAACGCUGCUCCUGCCCCCAACAACAACCAGCCUCACUCCGCCUCCCUCUAUGUCGGUGAACUCGACCCCUCCGUCACCGAGGCUAUGCUCUAUGAGCUCUUCUCCUCCAUCGGCCAGGUUGCCUCUAUCCGUGUCUGCCGUGACGCUGUUACCAGACGCUCGCUCGGAUAUGCCUACGUCAACUACAACAACACCGCCGACGGUGAGCGCGCCCUCGAGGACCUUAACUACACCUUGAUCAAGGGCAAGCCCUGCCGUAUCAUGUGGUCCCAGCGUGACCCCGCCCUCCGCAAGACUGGUCAGGGCAACGUUUUCAUCAAGAACCUCGACAGUGCCAUUGACAACAAGGCUCUUCACGAUACCUUCGCUGCUUUUGGCAACAUUCUGAGCUGCAAGGUCGCUCAGGAUGAGUUCGGCAACUCCAAGGGCUACGGUUUCGUUCACUACGAGACUGCCGAGGCUGCCAACAACGCCAUCAAGCACGUCAACGGCAUGCUGUUGAACGACAAGAAGGUCUUCGUCGGCCACCACAUCUCCAAGAAGGACCGCCAGAGCAAGUUCGAGGAGAUGAAGGCCAACUUCACCAACGUCUACAUAAAGAACCUGGACGCCGACAUCGAUGACGAGGAGUUCCGCAAGCUCUUCGAGAAGUUCGGUGAGAUCACCUCUGCUACCCUGAGCCGUGACCAGGAGGGCAAGAGCCGUGGUUUCGGUUUCGUCAACUUCGCCACCCACGACAGCGCGCAGGCCGCCGUUGAGGAGAUGAACGAGAAGGAGAUCCGCACCCAGAAGCUCUACGUCGGCCGUGCCCAGAAGAAGCACGAGCGUGAGGAGGAGCUGCGCAAGCAGUACGAGGCUGCCCGCUUGGAGAAGGCCUCCAAGUACCAGGGUGUCAACCUCUACGUCAAGAACUUGACCGAUGACGUUGAUGACGAGAAGCUGCGCGAGCUCUUCGGACCUUAUGGCACCAUCACCUCCGCCAAGGUCAUGCGCGACAGUGUCAACGGUGAACGCACCCAGUCUCCCGACUCUGCUGGUAAGGAGAAGGAGGCCAACAAGGAGAACGAGGAGGCCGAGGAGGCCGCCGAGAAGGCCGAGGAGAAGGCUAGCGAGUCCUCCGAUGAGAAGGACAAGGAGUCCAAGAAGUCCGACAAGAAGGGUCUUGGCAAGAGCAAGGGCUUCGGUUUCGUCUGCUUCAGCAGCCCCGACGAGGCUUCCAAGGCUGUCACUGAGAUGAACCAGCGCAUGAUCAACGGCAAGCCCCUCUAUGUCGCUCUUGCUCAGCGCAAGGAUGUCCGCAGAAGCCAGCUUGAGGCCAGCAUCCAGGCUCGCAACACCAUCAGACAGCAGCAGGCCGCCGCCGCCGCUGGCAUGCCCCAGCCUUACAUGCAGCCCGCCGUCUUCUACGGUCCCGGUCAGCAGGGAUUCAUCCCCGCUGGUGGCCAGCGUGGUGGUAUGCCCUUCCCCGCUCAGCCCGGCAUGGUCAUGGGUAUCCCCGGUGGACGCCCUGGCCAGUACCCCGGUCCUUUCCCCGGUCAGCAGGGUGGUCGCGGCAUGGGUCCCAACCAGCAGAUGCCCCCCAACUUCGCCCAGGGCAUUCCCAUGGGUGCCAUGCAGGGCCCUGGUGGCAUUCCUAACGGCAUGGGUUACCCUCAGAUGGGUCAGGUUCAGUUCGGUCGCGGCGCUGGUGGCCGUGGUCAGGUUCCUGGUAUGCCCAUGGGUCAGGGUAUGCGCGGCGGUCCCGGCUACGGUCGCGGCGGUGUUCCCCUCCAGGGACAGAUCCGCCCUGGCCAGGGUGCUCGCGGACAGAACGCUGCUCAGCCUGCUGCCAACCAGGAGGGCGCUACUGGCGGUCUGAACGCCCAGACCCUUGGCGCUGCUCCUCCUGCUCAGCAGAAGCAGAUGCUUGGUGAGGCUCUUUACCCCAAGAUCCAGGCCCAGCAGCCCGAGCUUGCCGGCAAGAUCACCGGUAUGCUUCUCGAGAUGGAGAACACUGAGCUUCUCAGCCUGCUCGAGGACGAGGAGGCUCUCCGCGCCAAGGUCGACGAGGCCCUCAGCGUUUAUGAUGAGUACAUGAAGAACAAGGGUGGUGAGCCCGAGGCUCCCGCCGAGGCUGAGAAGCCCAAGGAGGAGGCCAAGGAGACUGCGACCGAAGAGAACAAGUCGUAA